UUCCCCUGUUCCACCAAUUACAAUAUGUGAAACCCUUCACCCUAAUCUUCUCUCUCACCUUUUUUUUUUUUUAUUCAUCAUGAAUGAUAAAUACUGCUUAACAAUUUCGGCUUCGUAUGGAAUGCCGCACGGUUCACUAUUUUAAUCAUAAACGGUUUGCUAUUCAAGCUGUCUUUUUUAUUUUGUGUUCACGAUCUUUUCUUCUUCUUCUUCGUUAAAUCUUAUGGUUUAUCUUUCUGGAUUUUUCGUGUCUUGCUCGAGCUGAAGUGGCAUGUUUGAAUUCUGGACCUUAGAUUGUAAGUGAUGGUCACUGUGCUUUGUGUUGAGUUAAAAGUAGAUUUCAAAUUAGUUAAUUAUGAUGGGACAUAGGGAGGUUGGUAUCGUUUAUCUUCUUCCCCUGGGGUGGUCCUGUGACGGGUAAGGAAUCGACUUCAACUCUGUUUUGUCAGGGGUUUUAUACACGUUCUGGUUGUUUGUUGAUUCAGCUUCUUGUGGAUCUUCAACAUAUUCUCUUCAGUUUAUAGUGGACCUGUAUUCUGAUAUGUUGGAUAUUAGUGGAACCUACCUACUUUAUGGACUAUAGGUUCUGUUAAUUUUCUGUUGUUGUUUUCAUCCUAGACCGUUUGGUUGGCGUUGCGAAUAAGACAGUAAAAGUUAUUGUGAAACAUAUGAUGCACACUCUGGAAUAUUAUUUUUCCAUUUUAGAGGAAUAUGCUUGAAGAAAAUGCUAAGAUACAACCUCCUCCCGAAUUCUAAUUGUUUGUUUGACUAAUAUAAUGGAUUUAUAAUAAUUUAAUCUUUGGGAACUUAUUCUUUCUGAAGCCUUGUUAGAGUUCUGACCAAAUCAAAAGAAUAUGUAAGUGGUUUGCUUAGUCUAUUUCUAAUUUUAUUUUAUACGUGAGUUGUUGUCCAUUUAUGUUCUCCAUGUGGGUGGAAUCUUUUUCAUUUUGUGUUUUUUGCUGAUAUAUUAUUCGUUUAGUGGAAAAGAUAAGUCUCAAUUAGUAUGAGUGUGUAAAGUUUAUUAAUAUGAAGGGUUUUUAUUUGUUGUUUGAAGUUGCUUCUCACUCUGGAGCUAUGCAAACAGACACAAAAUGCAUUAAAAAGGCAUUUAAUGCAGCCAAGAUUAUCCUAGAAGAAAAUAGUUGUUUGUCUUGAGGUGCCUCGCAUCUUUUUAAGGCAUUACAAGUUGUAGAUACAGUUACUACUCAAUAUGGAGCUGAGUACUAUAAAAGAAGCUUUUGACCGUGUUACUAAGAAGCAAACGUUAUCUUGUUCCAAGACUCAAGAAGCGAUUGAUCAUAUCCGACAGGAAAUUGAGAGUGUUUUAGAUACAAUUCAGUCAGUGAAUAACGCUGAUCAUGAACUUGAUUACAAAGCCGUCAUGAGUGAGCUCAAGGCCAGUUUACUUAAAGCUGCUCCACUUUCUCAAAUGGAAGGUACACAAAAAGAACUCAACAAGUAUGGAAGACUUCUUGAAAAAUAUUUCAAUCCUGAUAUAUCCAAGGCUUACAGAAAUAUCGACAUUGAUAUUCAUACGUUAAACCAAAUAAUUGCCAACCAUUUUUACCGGCAGGGCCUUUUUGAGAUAGGGGACAAUUUCAUGAAUGUGGUUGGAGAGCCUGAAUCUGCUGCCAUUAUGAAAUCCCCAUUCCUGGAAAUGUAUCAAAUACUUGAAGCCAUGCAGAAUCAGAACCUAGAGCCAGCCCUCAACUGGGCUGCAACAAAUAGUGACAAGCUUGAUCUAAGUGGAUCUGAUAUUGUGUUGAAACUUCACACAAUGCAAUUUGUGAAAGUGCUUCAAAAUGGAAGUAGAGAGGAAGCCCUUAGCUAUGCUCGAACACAGCUUUCCCCUUUUGCUUCCCGUUACAUGACUGAGAUUCAGAAGCUUAUGGGUUGUCUUCUAUGGACCGGAAAGCUUGAUCGAUCUCCUUACCAUGCUCUACUAUCGCCAUCUAACUGGGAUAAGUUGGCUGAGGAACUUAAAAGGCAGUUCUGCAAUCUUCUGGGACAGUCCUACAAUAGUCCGUUGAGUGUGACUGUAGCAGCAGGCAUCCAGGUUUUGCCAUCUCUCCUCAAAUUUAUGAACGUCAUGGCAGGGAAGAAGCAUGAAUGGCAGUCCAUGAACCAGUUACCUGUACCAGUUGAAUUGGACAGCGAGUUCCAGUUUCAUUCUAUUUUUGUUUGUCCUGUCUCAAAGGAACAAGCAACUGGAGAUAACCCUCCGAUGUUAAUGGUCUGUGGCCAUGUCCUCUGCAAGCAGUCUAUCUUGAAGAUAUCAAAGAACUGCACAAAAGUGUUCAAGUGCCCAUAUUGCCCCUUUGAUAUUGAUGCAGGACAAUGCAGGCAGUUAUAUUUCUGAUAUCGAUGGAUUUGUAUGAAACUCUUGUAUAAACUGAAUCAUGUGUUAGCAUAGGUGUAACCGUACAUGGCUCAUGGAAAAAGCCGAUUCCUUGUUGUGAUGUCUGUAUUUAAUAAAUUUGUUGUAAAUAGAAAUUCUUUUUAAUUUGGAUAUAUGCAGCAAGUCCAUCGGUGAUUAAUAAUCACCAGCAA